AUGAAAAUUUUGAUUAUUUAUGAUACUGAAAGUGGAAAAGAAAGAAUGAAAUGACUAAACGUUCCAGAAAGAUUAGAUGUGGGUACAAGCAUAACUCAACUUCCAAAUGGAGAAUUAUUCUGCUAUGGAAACUCUACAUAUUCGGGGAUUACCUUAAUAAUUGAUUGCAAUUUUAAAUAUCGAUUGCUGCCAUCUGGAUUUGGAAAUAAUUUGAAUAUUUUUUAUUUUAUAAUAAAAUGAAAUAGAAAAAAAGUUAAAAUAAAUCUGGAAAGCCUGGCUGAAGCUCAUCAGCUAUCUAUUUUAAUAGAAAUGUUUAUUGCUUUGGUGGAUAUGAUUAUCAUUGCCAAGCUACAUAUCUAUCUAGUAGAUUUGAUUUAAUUAAAAAACAAUGGGUCAAUUUAGCCCCUAUGCCGCAAGCUGAUUUCAACUGCCAUAGGUAG